CUGACGACGACCACCUCACUUCACUCCUGCGGGCAUGUGACUGUGACUGCUGUCUACACAUCGGACUAUUGCCCACAUUGAACUAACCGCUCGCUGUUCGUAAGAUCAACUGGACCUCACUUCACUCGCAACCCUCGAUGACCAGCCGAGCCGAGUGAAGCCACCGCUGCCGCCAUGGCACAGUUCAUCCGAGGCAAGCAGGCAGGCAUUCAAAACGACCUGAGCGCUGGUCUGCACGCAGAUCUGUUCGCCGUUGACGAUCUCGCUCGAUAUGGCGUGAAUUCACAAGUCUCCGCCUUGGCUUAUGACCCCGUACAGUCUUUACUCGCAGUCGGAACAAAGAGCACUCAAUUCGGACCUGGCCAAAUCUACAUCUAUGGACAAGGUCGGAUUGCAUCCGUAUUGCCUGUGCCGGCACGAGGUGCGAGCAUCCAAAGCUUGCAGUUCUGUGCGGAGAAGCUCGUCUGUCUCGACUCGAAACACGAUGUAUCCGUCUACUCUGUCGAGCUGAAGAGGUUGAUCAGCUCACAUUCUCCCAUCGGGGCUGCGAAUGUGCUCUGCACGGAUCCCAUGUUGGAUUAUGCCUUUCUCGGCAUGCAGUCGGGAGAGGUUGUGGCGUACGACAUGGAUCGAGAAGGUCCAGCACCCUUCCGAAUACCCAAUCUAUGGCAGGAGGUGGACCCCAAAGCUCGAAUAGCAUCUGUCGUCUCCCUACAGCUUCAUCCCCGUGACAUUGGCACUCUCCUGAUUGGCUACAAGCAAGGCGCAGUCAUCUACAGCUUUAAGCUCAACAAAGCACUGAGGCAUUUCCAGUAUGAAGUCCCGCGAGGCGCACCUGGCGGCGAUGGCGAUCCUUCUGCCGCCAACAUCGUCAGGAGACCACACCUGACACAUGCUGCCUGGCAUCCUACUGGGACUUUCAUCAUGACUGCUCACGAAGACAGCUCCCUGGUCUUCUGGGACACGCUGAAAGACGGCCGCAUGCUUAUGGCCAGAACGUUGACCGACACGAACGUUGCCGCUCCUGGGGCGAGUGCAGCUCAAGGUAUUGGCGAUAGAGGCACAUUUGCAGUGAAGGAGCCCAUCUUCAACAUGUCUUGGUGUGCCAAUGGGCACGAUCCCGAAGACACCAUGAUAUUGGUCGCUGGCGGCCAAUCAACGCAAGCACCCUCGAAAGGGUUGACCUUGUUUGAGAUGGGUCGCACACCCGUAUAUGCCACUAGCACAUGGGACACUUUCCACACGUACUUCGACGCACCUAAGAGGCAGCGCAUCCUCCCGACGCCGCCAGGAGCUGAGGUUGUGGACUACUGCCUGAUCCCACGAACAUCGCCGCACUUUGCUGGCGCGCAUGAUCCCAUCGCAAUCAUUGCGCUGUUAUCGUCGGGAGAGCUCUUGACAUUAUCCUUCCCGUCUGGCAUGCCGAUAAGUCCGACUAAUCAGCUCCAUGUAUCCUUGACUUUUGUGCACCCAUACAUCCACUCCAUCAAGACCACACAAGUGAGUCGAGAGAAAUGGCUCGGCUUGACAGAGCGCAGACAACAAGGUCCACCUAUUCUGACAGGUGGCGCCGAGGAACCCCGCCAACUACGGAGGUAUGAAGACCGCAACAUCUUACACGCCGUGCAUGCAGAUGGUACCAUCAGGAUGUGGGAUCCUGGAUAUGGCGAUGAAAUUGAGAAUGAGAAGUUGCUGCAGGUCGAUGUGGCUCGAGCCCUGGGAAGAUGGGACAGCAUCCAAGUCAUGUCCACCUCAUUUGCUCAAGCGAGCGGCGAACUUGCAGCUGGUCUGCGAAGUGGUGAGCUCAUCGUCUUCCGCUGGGCCAAUAACAGAAAUUCUGGCAGAGAACCACCAGUACCGCGGCCGGCCCAGCCUGGAAGCAUAGUGAACAUUACAGAUCGGAUGGAGCCUUCUUUGACCGAAGGCCUCGGACCCUACAUCAUGAUCGACCAGAAGGAUGGCCCAGUAACGGCAGUCUGUCAAAGUGAAGUCGGCUUUACGGCCGCUGCCUUUGAGGGCGGCAGUGUCAUCCUCAUCGACUUGCGCGGUCCUGCCAUCAUACUCAAAGCCUCGGUACAUGAGUUCAUGGUCAGUCACAAAAUUGGCAGCCUGCGUCGACGAUCUAGUAGCGCGAGUUCCAAACCAGAGUGGGCUACGACAUUGGCUUUCAGCAUCAUGACCCUGGAUGGUGACGAUUACAGCUCCAUAGCUCUGCAUGUUGGCACGAACAUGGGCAAUCUUGCUACAUUCAAAAUCGUUCCCGAUCCCAGUGGACGCUAUACCACACAAUACGCAGGGCACGUGUCGCUGAGUGACACGAGAGUCAUGUACAUUGCCCCCAUCAGUGCUGACACAGGCAAGCCAGCAUCCGCCACUCAGACCGUGAUGGGUAAUCUCCGCAAUGGUCUCAAAGUCAACGGCGCCCUGGUCGCAGUCACGGCCACAAACGUCCACAUCUUCAAGCCUGCCACGUCCAAAGGCGCGCACAAGUCCUUUGACAGCUACUUCUGCGACGCAGCAGGCAUGAUUCGCUAUCAAGAUCUCGGCCACGCCAUCCUCGGCCUCUUUGGCGACGGCAGGGCACGCGCAUACUCUCUACCCUCGCUCCGUGAAAUUGCGUCUAUCGAUCUGACCAAUCUCAACAACACUGGCUCCGGCGUUGAUAUCAAACGCCUCAGCGGCGCGGCUAUCACACCCGCUGGCAACAUCUUCGCUUUCACCGGCCCCUCCGAGCUCGCCCUCCUCAGCGUCUUCGGGACUGGUGAGACUCUUCCUCGAAGACAUGACAAACUCUUCAAUCCCGACCGCCUCAUCCCGCCUCGGCCAACCAUAUCCACUGUACAAUGGCUCACAGGCACACAGUACCUCACUCCGUCCGACAUGGAUAUCCUCAUUGGCGGACAGGACCGCCCUCCCAGUAAAAGAAUGAUUGCGCAAGCUCGGGCGGAUGAAGAACAGAGACGAAAAGCAGGAAUGUCGGCUUCUUCUUCUUCUUCGAGAUCUGCAGCGAAUGCGGGACAGGAGGACGAGGGGUAUUGGGCUUACAUGCAGCGACAACUUGCAGAGAGGACGGAGAAGCUGGGACUUGUUGGGGACAAUAUGGAGCAAUUGGAACAGAAUAGCGGGAAUUGGUUGAAUGACGUGAAUAAGUUUGUGAAUCGGCAGAAGAGGAAUGCUGCUGGGGGGAUCAUCAAGGCCAAAUUUGGGUUUUAAGAACGAAGCGAGUGUAGUUCUAUGCGGGAGGAGAGAACACCAUGAACAGAGGACGAAUUGGGAAGAAAUGGAGAACAAAACGACUCGAAGAGGUUGUGUGAAACGAUGGAUUCUUGAUCAGUAGUCAAUGCAUCAUCU